AGGAGGAGGGGGUCACCACCGUGAAGACCCGCUUCACCACCCGCAUCCAUUAGAUUGUAAUCUCUUAACGUGUUCACCGGAGUGUUAGCUUCGAGUUUGCGGCUGUGAAACGGUUAAAAACUCGAGCGCGUGCGAGUGUGAACUGUGCACUUAGCUAGCUGGCGAGCUAACGGCCGUUGGUUGGUUCGCCGUCACGGAGACGUUAGCUAACGUUUAAGAGACCGACAGCUUUGUUCUUCUAACAACAACAACAACAACAACAACAACAAGUUCAACACAUCACCGCCGCUGUCAGGGUCCAGGACGGUCCGUAAAACAACUGUGACUUAAUGUAGGAGGUCCCGGCUCUUCUGCAAUCCAAACCGGUAUGUCGGAUGAGGAUUCCCGUGCCAGCACCAGCUCUUCCUCGUCGCCGCCUUCCUCCAGCCAAACCAGACAGAGGGACACGCUUUGUAAAAAGAAACGGGAGAGCAAAGCCAGCAUGAGCAAGACCUCCAAGCUGCUUUCUACCAGCGCCAAAAGGAUUCAGAAAGAGCUGGCUGAUAUCACACUGGACCCUCCGCCAAACUGCAGUGCUGGCCCAAAAGGAGACAACAUCUAUGAGUGGAGGUCGACCAUCCUGGGACCACCGGGCUCCGUGUACGAGGGAGGCGUCUUCUUCCUGGACAUCGCCUUCACACCCGACUACCCCUUCAAACCCCCCAAGGUAACAUUUCGUACGAGGAUCUAUCACUGCAACAUCAACAGUCAGGGUGUGAUCUGUCUGGACAUCCUGAAGGACAACUGGAGCCCAGCGCUCACCAUCUCCAAGGUGCUGCUGUCCAUCUGCUCCCUGCUCACAGACUGUAACCCAGCCGAUCCUCUGGUGGGAAGCAUCGCCACCCAGUACACGACUAACAGAGCGGAACAUGACCGAACAGCCAAACAGUGGACGAAGCGAUACGCCACAUAAACCCACAGAGGACGGCAGUGGGAGGAAGAGGAGGAGGAGGAGCAGGAGCAGGAGCAGGGGUGGGGGGGCUCUGGGUGGUUUGUGUUGGGGGGUUAUUUGUAUCUCAGAUUUUUAGUACUUUAUUGUCUGGUAUAUUUUUUGCUUCCUGAUUAAGUUAUCUCCGCAAAUAUGGUAAUAAAGGAACACAAUGGAAAGGAA